AUGUUCUUCAAAGCGGCUCUCGGCCUGUUUGCCACCGCGGCGUCCGUCGUCUCAGCGGCUCCGGCCGCGAACGAGCUUACCGGAUACGAAUAUGUCGUUGUUGGCUCCGGCGCCGGCGGCGGUCCUCUGGCUGCGCGUCUAGCCUUAGCCGGCCACAAGACGCUGUUGAUCGAGGCCGGCGACGACCAGGGCCAAAAUACCAACGUCUCGGUGCCUGCCUACUCUGCGCUGGCCUCCGAGGACGGCGCUCUGGCAUGGAACUUCUUUGUUCAUCACUACGCGGACGAAAAGCGCCAGGCACGCGACUUCAAGACCAGCUACGACACGCCGGACGGCGGCCUGUACACCGGCCUUAGCCCGCCUGCUGGCUCCAAGAUGAAGGGCACACUCUACCCGCGCACCCAGACCCUCGGUGGAUGCACGGCGCACAAUGCCCUCGUCACAAUCUACCCGCACCGCUCCGACUUUGACUACAUUGCCCAGCUCACCGGUGACGACUCGUGGGGCCACGACAACAUGCGCAAGUACUUUGUGCGCAUGGAGGACAAGAACUACGGCCUGCCCCUCGAUGGGGGUCACGGCUACCACGGCUGGCUCAGCACGGAAUACACAAAGCUCACGCUGGCGCUGGAAGACCCGCAGCUGCUGAGCAUCUACACCGGUGGCGCCUUGGCCUCGGGCAAGCUCCUGCCGUCUGUGGGCGAUCUCGCAUCUCUGCUUCUCGGCGAUGCGAACGCUGAUACCGAAUCCCGAGACAAGACCAACUCUUACUACCAGGUCCCCAUCUCUACAAAGAGUGGUGCGCGCGUCGGCUCUAGAGACUUCGUCGUUUCUGUGCGCGAUGCCAAGGACAAGAACGGCAACAAAAAGUACCCUCUCGACGUGCGUCUCAACUGCCAUGUCACCAAGGUCAUCAUUGAUGAGAGUGGUGACAAGCCGCGCGCUACUGGCGUCGAGUUUCUCGACGGCCAGUAUUUGUACAAAGCCAGCCCUCGCUAUGGCACUGCCGGCAAGGGAAAGCCCGGCAAGGUCAGCGCUUCCCGCGAAGUCAUUGUCGCAGGAGGAACCUACAACUCGCCCCAGAUCCUGAAGCUCAGCGGCAUCGGUCCCCGCCAGGAGCUCGAGUCGUUGAAGAUUCCCGUAGUCGUCGACCUGCCGGGCGUCGGCGGCAACCUUCAGGACCACUACGAGAUUAACGUACAGGGCAAAGCCCCCAAGGACUUUUCCGUCCUCAACGGCUGCACCUUUGGCCUGCGCGGCGAGCACGACCGCUGCCUCGACCAGUGGCAGAAGCCCUUCCUCGGCGACCGCGGCACCCUCGCGACCAACGGCCUGCCGGUCGCUAUGUUCCACAAGAGCUCGGCCUCGGACGACGGCAACUACGACAACUUCAUCUUUGGCGGGCCCGUCAACUUCCGCGGUUACUUCCCCCAGUACAGCGUUAACAUCACCGAGGACCACGACUGGUUCACCUGGGCCAUCCUCAAGGCGCACCCGCGCAACAAUGCUGGUACCGUGCGCCUGCGCUCCUCGGACCCGCUCGACGUGCCCGAGAUCACGUACAACUACUUUGACACGGGCGUCGGCGAUUACGCCAAGGACCUGCAGUCGCUGGCCGAGGCCGUCGGCGUCGCGCGCGACGCCCUCAAGCGCCAGCUCGUGCCCGUCCGCGAGGUGCUGCCGGGCAAGGACGUGACGAGCCAGGCGGACAUUGAGCAGUACGCCAAGGACACCGCCUGGGGCCACCACGCCUCGUGCACCUGCCCCAUUGGCGCCGACGACGACAAGAUGGCUGUGCUGGACUCGAGCUUCCGCGUCCGUGGCGUGGACGGCCUCCGCGUGGUGGAUGCCUCUGUGUAUCCCAAGAUUCCGGGCACGUUUACGGCGGUCUCUACAUACAUGGUGGGAGAAAAGGCGGCUGAUGUUAUCCUCAGCCAGAUCAAGAACUAA